AUGGGUAACAAAAUCAAUAAUAAUAAUAAUAAUAAUAUUAAUGUACCAUCUUUAUCGUCUCAAUCAACAAUACGUAGACAAAAUUCUACAGUAAAAGAAGUUCAUAUUACUACAGAUCAUGUUGAUGGAUUUUAUUUUAGUGGUGAACGUUUAACAGGUACAGUUAAAAUACCAAGAUCAUUUUUACAUCGUCAUUCAAGUAGUAUAAAAAUACGAAAACCAGCGGAAUCAUUACAUAAACGAUCACUACGUAGUGCUAUUAUGAUGGAACUUGUUGGAGAUGCAAAUUAUUCAACUGAUCUUGAUCCUGCUGCUGAUAGUGAUGGACAUGUUACUCAUAAAGUUAAUAUUUGUCGAGAACGUUGUUUAGUUACUAUAAGUCAUGUUAAAACUGAAUUAGAUGCAACGGUUCAUGCAUCUCCAUCAUCUGAAUCAAUAUCAUUACCAAUAAUACCACCACCACCUAUAAUCAAUGGUACAUUUCAACUAAAUAUACCCGAUGGUCUUCCACCAUCAUUAACAAAUAAUCGCCUACCCUCAGUAGUUUAUACAUUAGAAUUAAGUUUAUCAUCAAGUCGUUGUCGCUAUCAAAUACCAAUAACAAUUUGUCCACGCAGUUCUAUACCUCAUCCAAUGACUAGUAUUGAAUUAAGUGAUCAUGCUAUCAAUCGAAAUGAUAUUCAUUUACGUGCUUCUAUAUUAGGAAAUUUUUAUCGACCUGGUGAAGAAAUUCCUGUUCGAAUAACUUAUUCAAAUCCUCAACAACGUUUAAUUCGUUCAAUAACAGUACGUCUUAUUCAAUUUUAUCGUAUACAUAACGAUGAAAAUCGUUUACAAAUAGAUGGAAAAGAAUGGAUAUUUGAUGCUGUAACCACAUUAUCACAAUAUGAAUGGACUGGUGAAGCACAUUUACAUUUAUUCGAUCAACAUUUACAAACAUCAUAUGCAACACAUUAUGUAGGUACAACUCAAACAAUUGAAUGUGAAGUACAAUAUCGAAUUAUUAUUGAAUUAAAUGAAAAGAAAGGUGAUGAUAUACAUUUAACACUAGCACCCAUUGAAGUAACAUAUCAAAAAUAA